UGGGAAAGCUUGGUCCUUCAAACGGAUGAGCUCGAGGCGUACCUGUCAGAAGCACGGAGAGUCUGACAACUUAAGGGCUUGGACUAUAUUAUAUUGUACUUUGAACGAAGAAAACACGGGAGCGGAUAAAAAUGAAAAGAAAUCACGAUUUUAGCUCUUCGGACAGCGAGCUUGACGAGAACAUUGAGGUUGAGAAGGAGAGUGUCGAUGAAAAUGGGAACAUUAGUUCUCCGCUCGGGCCAAUGUCUCCAUCAACAAAAACCCAAGUGAAUGCGAGAAAGCGGCGCCGAGGAAUCAUUGAAAAACGUCGCCGUGACAGAAUCAACAACAGUCUCACCGAACUACGUAGGCUGGUCCCCAGCGCCUUCGAGAAGCAGGGUUCAGCUAAACUGGAGAAAGCAGAGAUUCUGCAGAUGACGGUGGAUCAUUUGAAGAUGCUCCAUGCUGCUGGAGGCAAAGGUUACUAUGACGCCCAUGCUCUGGCCAUGGACUACCGGGGUCUGGGUUUCAGGGAGUGUCUGGCAGAAACGGCCCGCUACCUGAGCAUCAUCGAGGGCCUGGACAACACUGACCCCCUGCGGGUCCGCCUGGUGUCCCACCUUAACAGUUAUGCCUCCCAGAGGGAGGCGCACUCUGUCUCCGUGUCCGGGCUGGGGCACCUGGCCUGGGGCUCGGCCUUUGGGUCCCCCUCCACCCACCUGGCCCACCACCUCCUUCUCCAGCAGCAGCACCAUCAACACCAGCCGGGGGCAACGCUAUCGCUGACACGCAGCCCCUCCGCCAGCCCUCCGUCCUCCUCUUCUUCUCCUUCUUCAUCUUCUUCCUCCUCCUCCUCCUCUCCGAUAGAGAGAGAGCCCCGCUCUUCGCCUCAUGGCCACGGUCCCAGCAGGCUUAGCGGUGCCACCCCCCUAUCUGAGCACGGCCACGCCAAGGGCGGUCCCCUCCGCGUCCUGCCCAGCACCGCCUCCCUCCCCCCGGGGCUGAAUCUCGCAGUGAGCUCCGCAGCUGCUGUGGCCUCCAAGCACUCCCCUUCCCUCUCCCUGUCCUCCCUCUCCACACUGUCGGCAUUCACCUUCCCCUUCAGUGCCUUCCCCCUGUUGUCCCCCGGCACGCUCAGCCCCCCUAGCCACAACCCAUCCAAUCAGGCCGGCUUGGGAAAGCAUCCUUACCGGCCCUGGGGCAUGGAGAUUGGGGCUUUCUGAACUCUCUAACCACAACCCCCCCCCCCCACCUCCACCCCUCCUCCGCCCCACAUGGACUGAACUCGACCAUACGGAUGGGCCCGAGGACUCGCCCCUCGUUAUGAACUGAACUCGCCAGCCGAGCUGGGCCUUUCUACGGACAAGACAAGAUGAUGUCCAAAAAAAAGAUGUCCUUCUGUCUGUAAUAUUAUAUCGACCUUCUAUAGAGGAGAUAGCUAUAGGAUCCCACUUUGUAUAUUUCAACUUUCUUAGAAUUUAUGUUUUUCUACGAUGAUAAAGAGAAAACAGUCGUGAUAGAGCAGGAAAAGUGAUUGUUUUACGGUGUUGAGUUAUCUGUUAGUCAUUUAUCAGAGGACUUGGCUCCUCCCUCUUUCGCGUGCAGCCUAUAGGGCGGGGGAUUUCACAGAUGGUCAGGCAGUCAAUCAGUCGCCCAUCAACUUCUCAGUGAAACUGUGGCCCUUUGUGUUUUCCCCACUGUACUGUUAUCUCGCCUGACCACUAUAUGAAAGACUGUGUGAAUGAGAGAGGCGUGGAGGGAGAGGCUGAGGAGCGGCCCUUUUUUACCGCAUUUUAUGGACUGGAAUAACCGAAACCAGGUGUCUGUUUGACUGUUAAUGUUGGGAACAUACGUGAACAAUCUGAAUGAGUCUAAAUAUAAUUUAUCCCGAACCCCCUUGUCUUCCAUUGUUUUGAUUUGCGUCCUCGGUGUGAGUUUCUUUGGCAGCGAAAUCUCCUGAAAGUAGUGUAUUUACAGUCAUGAGUGAAGGGUGAGGAGAACAAAGAGUUAAUAUCCUUUGGUGGAGCAUCUACAGAGGUCCUAAGCCCCUAUAUUUCUGAUUGUUAGCAGAUGGCAGUUUAAGAGUGUUCUUUAACAUUAAACACCCUACUGUCAAGGCCAGCUGAACAGGCUGCUUUUGACUCAAUAUGGAACCAAUGGGAAUCUUAGUAAAGUAUUUAUUUACUGGUUGUUAGAAUUGUAACAUUUUCUUUAAACUCCUUUACAUUCUACUUUAUAUGUUUUAGACAAAAUACUGUAGGCGGGACACUUCCAAAUAUAAAAAAAAAAAAGAAAGAUUUUAUAAUAUAUUUGUCAUGUGUUGAUAAAACAUCCUAUUACCUUCAACGUAAGUAGAUGCGAAUUGGAACAAUUUCCCACCCCAGACCGACUGCUCUUUCCUCUAAAUGAUUUCUGCUCAGAGAUAUACCGUUGACCUGGUUUGUCUGCUCCAGUUUCCUUCCCCCUGACAAUGUGUUGGUGGCAGAAAUAUAUCAUCCCAUUGAUCAGAUUUGCUGGUCACUUCAAAGGUUUUUAUCAAACCUCUAAGGUGAUGCUGUACAUAUGUGAUUUCUGUGGAAAAGUGCUGACAAAUCAGAUUUCUCAGAUGAUAUUGACAUCCUGUUUGUACUCGUGUGCUAUCUGUAGAGAUGGGCUGUGUAGAAAGGUGGGAAGGCCACUGUGAAACUAUUCCAUCCUUUACUUAUGUGACUGCUUUGUAAUAAAAGAAGAAGCUAUACAAAAAUGAAUC